UUCAACAGCUAGCAACCCUGAGCUAAUCUGCCUGUCGCUGGACAAACCCCCGGGGCUGCGUGUUCUCGACGCCGAAAGACGUGCAUGGACUGCUAACCACAAGGGAAAAACAUGUAUUCGUUUCGUAUAUAUUUCAAGUGGAUUUCCUCCAUAGUCCCUGUUUCUUUUUAAGGCUCAGGGGACGCUGGUGUUUUUUUUUUGGUUCGGUUUGUCGCAUUGCUGCUAUCGAGUAGCUAACUAGCAUUCUUGCUAACACCCAGACGGAAAAAGCAGGAAGGAAGGAGAUCUCCCGACGACGCUUGGCCUAUAAAAGGUUGCUCUACAAACAAACGACGAUUCUUGUGAAAACACGAACAGGAUAUUUAUUCUGACUUAAGGGCUAAGAUGGCCCCUGACUCUCCUGCUCGCUCCAACUCCAGAUCCAAGUCCAGGUCCAGAUCUUUGUCUAGAUCUCACUCGAGAAGCCGCUCUCGAUCAAGAUCCAGAAAACGGCGCUACAGUUCAAGGUCCCGUUCCCGCUCUCGCUCACGUACUCCUGCAGCUUACCGAAAUUAUCCCUCUCGGGAUUAUCAGAACAACCGAGGUGGGUUCAGGGGCUACAACCGCGGCUAUCGAAGGCCUUACCACUACCGAGGCCGAAACCGAGGCUAUUACGCUCGUGGUCACUACCAGAACAGAGGAGGCGGCUACGGCUACAAGUCCAACUGGCAAGGAGGCGGCGGCGGUGGCGGCGGAAGCUGGCAUGACCGCAAACACGAGCAGGACCACCGCUCCCACAGCCCCAGGAGGGGGAGGUCACGCUCCCACACGCCCAAUAAACGAUCGGGCAGCCGCUCCCACUCCCGUCACUCCGACCAGUCGUCAUCGGAGCACUCUCACCGCUCCAGGAGCUCCAGCACUUCCAGGUCGCGCUCCUCCACCCCUCGCCAUCGCAACAAGGGCAAGCCCAGCUCUAAGAUCACAAAGGAAAAGCAACCAGAGAGCCAAGUGGAGAAGCCGGGCCCGGCGGGAGACGGCAGCGUUAUCGAGAAGACAUCAGGUGGUAAAUGGAUCGACUAUGACACAAGCCCCAAACAAGGUUGCUCUGAGACCUCUCAGAAAGAAGACGUGACUGCUGCGGUGACCGCCAGUCCCGCCAAGUCGGGACAAACUGCCUCUUUUGGGGGCUUUGGCUUCUUCUCCAAGGAGGAUUCCAAAAGUGGAGAUAAGACGGUGAUCUCUGCUGCCUUCAAAAAGUUCCUGGCUGAAAACAAAAGCAAAAAGCAGGCUGCCGAAAAGGACGAUGGCCACGAUGUCAUCAAGAGCAGCGCAGACCGAGAGCAAGAGAAGGCCGCCAAGUCCGGAGACAUCUUCAGCAUCUCUGUGUCUGCUUUCGGUGACUCCAAGGAAGACAACACCAUGCCGUUCUUCGACGACGAAGAGGAGGAGUUCCUCAAAUCUCACGGGUUGAAAGAGAAGGAGGAAGACGGCGGGGGCAAGUCCAGCGUCACCGCUCGGGAUAUAUUCGGGAAAUGGGGUGACGAGCCGAGCUAUUCCACCUCCUACCCGUCGGGGAAGGAGAAAAGCCGCAGAGACGACGAUGCCGAUAACUUGGACAUGGAGGAGGAGAUGUACCGCAGCCGCAAGCACAGCAAGAAAGAGGAGAAAGCCAAGAAGAAGGAGAAGAAAGAUAAGGAGAAGACCAAAAGGAGUCCGUCCCCGUCUACGACUUCCAAAGGCAAGGACAGGCCGCUUUUCCCUGGCGCCUUCCCUCGCCGCGAGGAGUCUCCCGCACAACGUCUGUCUUCAUCCAGAGAGGAUUUUGAACUAAAAGUUGCUUCUUUAGAGGAAAUGCCAAGCUCCUCCCUGUCUAAGAAUCGCUUCAUGUCCAGAGACCUGGUGAAUCCCUCUAAGAAAGAUCCGGAGUUCCGUUCGAUCUUUCAGCAUAUUCAGUCUGCUCAGCUUCGCAGCAGCCCCCCAGAGCUGUUUGCUCAGCACAUAGUUUCCAUUGUGCAUUACAUCAAAGCUCAGCACUUCACCUCUACAGACAUGACGUUAAGCGAACGCUUCGCCAUGUACCAAAGGAAAGCUGCAGAGAUAGAAAUGAUGAAGCCAAGGAAGAGCCCAGAAAUCCAUAGGAGAAUUGAUGUUUCCCCCAGUGCCUUUAAGCGGCACUCUCACCUGUUUGAGGAUAUGGACGAGACAAGCUUCAAGGAUUCAACAAAAAAGUUCAAAGGGGACCCGAUGGACCUUCGCCUGGAUAUUGAAAGGCGUAAGAGGUUCGCGGGGAAGGACUACAGACGCGAGGGAGGCAGGAGCCCCGGGGGCUCCCGAGGGCCGAGCAGAGAGAGGUCCUCUGAAAAAUCUGGAAAGCACCACAAGAAGUCCAAGAAGGGAAAGAAGAAGCGGGAUCGCUCUCCGUCGUCCUCUUCCUCCUCGUCCUCUCCAUCCCCGUACCCGUCCGCGCCUUACAGGGGGAAAGAGUACAUGGGAGAUGGAGUGGAGCACUUUGAGGAGGGAUACGGUCACCCGCGUUAUCCCCCACGGGACUACGGUGGCCCCGGGGACAGGGGACCCCCUCGGGAUUUUGAGGGCGCACACAUGGAAAGAGGCAGAGGCCGCGGCUUUUUCCCCAGAGUGAGAGGACGGGGAUGGAACAGGGGCAAUUAUCCCGGCAACAACAGCAAUGGCAACCCUGUCAACAUGAACCCUCAGGGGCGCCCUCCGGAGGAGGAAUGGGAUCCCGAGUACACACCCAAGAGCAGGAAGUACUACUUGGUGAGUCUUACCGAAGGAUGCCAUGGGCACGAUGACAGAGAUGGGGAGAAAAACUGGGUGGACAACCGCGGGCGGGGCAGAGGGUCCUUCCCGACCCGCCGCGGACGCUUCGUCUAUCGCAAGGGAGGCACCAGCCCCAAGUGGGCCCAUGACAUGUUCCAGGGCGGAGAGAAGGCGGCGGAGCUGGGAGACGACAUCGAGGGGCAGCCUAAAGACGGCAAGAACGCAGACGACAGCCUGAAAUCCUAAACAGCCAUUGCUAUGUGUCUCUAUGGCAACACUUGUAAAAAUGUCCCCCCCCCCUCCAUCUCUGAUGUUGUUGAAUUCUCUCUGGUGUCUAAGGCUUUUUAUGUCACAUAUUAUUAGAAGAAUGAAUGAAUGCUGCUGAGGAAAAAAAAAUAUUGAGGCAACUUUCAAUGAGGAAAGAAACAUUUGUGCCUUUAAAGGAAAAAAAAAACAGCUGAAGGAGCCCUUUUAUUUUUAUUUUUCGCUCAUUUUCCUCUCUUCAUUGGUGUUCGGAGCCGUGACGAUGUCUUGUUGUUGAAAAGGUGCAUGACAUGUUGGAUUAAUGCUUCUCCCCAAGGGACCAAUCACUGCCCUCCAAAAUUCAUUUGUAUUAUUUUUAGCGUCACAUGUGAUUCUUAUGGGCUACAUACAUGUUUGUGUGUUUUCAGUUAAAAAAAAAAGGAUCCACUCCAAAAAGUACGGUAAUUGCUCUGCUUUAGUCACAUGGAUAUAGGGUAGCAAUAUAGGUUUACAUGAUCAUUUUAGCUAAGUGGAUGCCUUUUAUGUUAAUUAGGAGUUUUAAUUACACAUGAACUCUAAAAAAAAAUUGUAGUAUGUUGGGGACAAGCUACAAGUGUGGGGGUUUGUUUUUUUUUUUGUUACUGUAAUUCUACAAUUUAACCACACUUCUUUAAAAAAAAGAUCUUUCAACAGGAUGUUUUAAGAGUUAGUUUAUCAUUGAGUACGUUCUGCAUGUACACAACUGAUUUUUUUUCUGAUGAAUAGCAAACAGGACGUUUAUACUGUGGAAGAGCUUUCAUGUUUGUCUUUUAAUUUUCAAUAAAUGUUUUUUUUUCUUUUGA